CAAAAUUUAUGAUAUCCUUCACAUUUUCCAAAGCUGUCUAGUGGGCCAAUUCUGGCCCUCAGGCCUUGUAUUUGACACCCUUUCUUUAAAGUUUUAUUCUGGGGGUAAAGCUGUAAAAUUUUUGAAAAGCUUUUCCUUUUGUGAGGUACAAACAGCAUUGCAGUUUUCAUAAUUUUGGACUUCUACACCACCACAACAGGCUUAAAAUGAAACAAGGAUUCAAUCAAAGUGCAGAUUUGCACUUAAGCAGAGAUAAAAGAUCCUAGGGUAAUUUGUGAACCCACAAUAUGAGCUCGACAUGUGCAGCAUCCAAUUCUAUUACACACAGACACUGUUUUCCAUCAAACCACCUGAAUGAGUGAACACAAUCCCCCCACUCCUCAUCCAGUGUUUGUUCUAUGCGGUCUCCAGGGUAACUCUUGGUAGCAUCUUCACCAUGGCAAUAAACAUCUUUGCUCACUACUGCAGAGCGCUGGCAGUUUCCAUAGAAACAGUGCCAACUAUGCGGUUAAAUGUAUCUGCAAAAAGCAUCGCACGGGUACCCUGAAUGUAGCAACGAGCGAUCUGAUUGGUGCAAAAAUACAGCAUCAAAGCCAUCUACCGUUAUGAUAACUUGGUUGCUGGUUAAUUCGGAACUGGACGGAACCGGUUACUGCCAGUAAAACCGUUUAAUCCAGUCAAUUUAAUUUAUACCAGCGACAAGACUGAACCAGUAUAGUAGUAGUAGUAGUAAUAAUAAUAAUACUAAUAAUAAUGUUACAGCAGUAACGGCUCCCCGUUGCUCGGCAACAGAACCCUCCUCCUGUCUCCUGUGCUCACAGCGCAUGCGCGCGGUCGUCAGCUGGGCGCCGAUGACGCAGCAUCAUGGCGGCUUCCACUCUGAGCGUGCAGGGUGCUCUGCGGAGAGCAAUGGUCCCGUCUUUAGUGGUGAUUUUGGGAGCUACCGGCACCGGCAAGUCUAAGCUAGCGAUCGAGAUCGGAAAACGGCUUCAGGGGGAAAUAAUCAGCGCCGACUCCAUGCAGGUGUACCAGGGCCUGGACAUUGUCACUAAUAAGGUGACAGCUGAGGAGCGCAACCAAUGCACACAUCACAUGAUCGGCUUUGUGGACCCAUUAGUGAGCACCUACACGGUGGUAGACUUCAGGAACAAAGCGGUGGCACUGAUAGAUGACAUGCACAAGAGGAACAAACUGCCAAUCAUUGUUGGAGGAACAAACUAUUACAUUGAGUCUCUGCUGUGGAAAGUCCUGUUGGACACUGGCGUAAGGCAGCUUUUGCAAAUACAACUUGUCUCGCAGCAGGAGAACGAGGAGCCGGGGGACGGAGGGGAUGGGUCUCCGAACAGGAAGCUCGAGCUCGAGAAACUGGGAGGAGCUGAGUUGCAUAAACGACUGGCCGAGGUGGACCCCGAUAUGGCUGCCAUGUUGCACCCAAAUGACAAGCGCAAGAUAGCCAGGAGUCUGCAAAUCCACAAAGAGACGGGGAUUCCACAUAGCCGCUUGCUGGAGGAGCAGAGGGGGCAGGAAGGCGGUGAUGGUCUUGGGGGGCCGCUAAGGUACAAAAACCCCUGCAUCUUCUGGCUGCAUGCUGACAUGGAGGCUCUAGACAAGCGGCUGGAUGCUCGUGUAGAAGAUAUGUUGUCUGCAGGAGUGAUACAGGAGCUUAGAGACUUCCACAUCCGAUACAAUCGACAGAAAAUCCAGGACAACAGUCAAGACUAUCAACAUGGGAUUUUCCAGUCGAUCGGUUUUAAGGAGUUUCACGACUACCUGACGGCUCCGGAAAGCAGCACCCAGCAGGAGAAAGACUCUCUACGAGACAAAGGUAUAGAAGCUUUGAAGAUUGCUACAAGGCGUUACGCCCGCAAACAGAAUAAAUGGGUCCGCAACCGCUUCCUCAGACGACCAGGGGACAACAUCCCUGCAGUGUAUGGCCUGGAUGUGACGGACGUGUCACGGUGGGAGGAGACGGUGCUGGACCCUGCACUGCAGAUACUGGACAGCCUCAGUAAGCAUGAGGAGCCAGCUAUUGCACCAGUCAGAGCGCAGGGGGCGGAGCAGAGAAACAAGCGGAGCCACCACACGUGUGACCUGUGUGACAAAGUGAUCAUCGGUGACCUGGAGUGGACAGCUCACCUGAAAUCCAAGAAGCAUCACUAUCAUGUGAGGAAGAAGAGGAAGUGCGAUCCAUCCUGUGACCAGUCGCAGAGGACCAGCGCACCUUCCGACUCUGCAGCAGAGACUCUUUUAAAAGACUCUUGUGAUACUGUUGCUCCGGGCAGCAGUGAUCAGGACUCUUCUGGGACGACACAUGAGGAAGUACCAGUGACUCUUUAAAAAGCCUGCACUGACUCUGAUCCACAUCCAUCUUCACUCAGGUCUCCAUCCAGUACUUAUAUGAUUAAUUCCUGGUUUCCAUAGGAUCGAAUUUAUUUAUUAAUUCCUGAAUUCCAACAAAAAAUCCCUCCUUCAUAGAUGCUGAAGCCCUCGAGCUUCAGGUUCUUGCAGCAUUUUUUUUUUCUUUUUCUUUCCAGUAGCAACACAGACCGAAGUGAAUGAAGUACAUGAUUUAUGGCGUGUGCAGGCAAAGAAUAAAAAAAACAAAUCAUAAUUUAUUUUUUAACACUGCCUGAAAAUCUAAUGUAAAUUUUAAGAGAGGUUUAUUUUUCUAUUUUUUAAGACUGUGCUGUAUAUACCACUGCUAUGGACUCUCUAGUUUGUCAGCAUUUCAGGCUUCAGGACAGAUUGUUAGUAUUAGGCCCGGUCACCUUUAUUUCAAAUAAACUCCCAAAGUUUUCUCAGCUCAUGCUCCGAACCUGUAAUCUUGUGACAUAAAAUAUUUUAUUAUUAAACAUAUUUUUAUUAAACUGGAAAAAAAAGUCUCUUUUUGGAAUUUCCCAAACUUUAUAGAGAAUUCAAUUGAAAUGAGCACUCAGAGCGCGCACUAACAAUGAAGGUCAAGGUCAAAUGCUUAGCCAACAUAGAUACUGUUGUCUGCUGAGGCCUAGUGUAUUGGUGUGAAGUUGGUAAAUGAUCCAUAAAAAAGAUUGUGGGUAAUAUGAAGUUUUUGCUGAUUUACUGGUUUUGGGGUCUACCAUCACGCAAAACUUGAAGAUGAUAUCUUGAAAACUGUGGAUGCUACACCGUUACAGACAAACAGAACUAAUUACAUACACGUUUAGGGGGCGAAAUCGGGGGGACACGGACUUAACGCUAUAGCAUUGACAGUAAAGACAGCUGUGGACCUCCAGCCUCCACCCACUGUGGAAGACAGAGCCAAGCUGCAGCAGACUCGGGUCUUUUAGGAGACUGCAGCCAUGCAGAGACCCUGAUGGACUGCCAACCAACUCACACGUCACCCCAUGUGGUCAGGUGAGAGACCCUCGAUGACAUAACGAGUCCUUCCCCAGGUUUACCUGACGAUAACUUCUUUAGUUGAUCGGACGCUCUCCUUCUCUCAUCUUGGCUCGAGUUUGGACUUUUGGGAAAGAAGCAUUUGGAUCCCAAUUAUGUUGUUUUCAUAAUCCUAGGAAGUCUAAAUUAUAUUUAUCCAAGUGACGGUGCUUUUAUGCCACUCAAACGAGAAGUAGAAAGCACAAAAUUGGAUUUCAGGGGUCUCUCGAUGUGACAGCAGCAGUUUAACCUUGGUCUCAUUGAGCUCUCAUCGGCCUGCUGACACAGCACUGAGCUUGGUCCUUUGUUUGCCGGCUGCCACCUCAUUUUACACUCAUGAAAUAUGUUGUUUCUGGUCUUUUGUUCACUAGUCACCUGAUUGGCGUGGUUUAUCUCCUGAGUGGAGCCCAGCCGAGCUCAUUUCAGCCCUGACGAUGGUGUAAACCACCAGCAGGUCAGGCUGUGAGAGGAGUGUGUUUUCACAGCGGUGAUUGCAGGUCUUUGUUUAUCCGGCAGCGUGCCGUACCGCUUUCAACCCGAGGCGUGUCUUCCCCCCGCUGUAAAGCCACAAUACCUGGCAUCGCUCCAGAGGCUUUCUUUGGCGGUGCUUUUCCGUCUCCUCACCUUGCUCUGCGUUAACGCUCUCUGUCUUUAAGUUUUCAGUUCUGGUCUUACAGUCUGAGGAAUUGCAGAGUUUAGUUCACAGGCUCCCAAAAGUUGACCUCAUCCACAUGGCUAAAAAUAUUUCCAGCAGCAUAAUAGCUGGAAGUGUGCGUCUGUCUGCGUGAGUUGUGUUCCACAUUCUCUCUCUUUCCAAACUGGGUCAGGCCUCCAGCUUACUGGGGUAUUACCAUACAGUACGGGAGUCACAGUGAUAGCAAAGGUCACUGUACGGCUCGUGUCUGGUUUUUAUAACCACUCCUCUGUUUGGAUGGUUUGUUUUUCUUUCCUUCUGUUGUCCAUUUCGAAUCAGCUACGGCUCUAUUUUUUUCCACUGCAGUACUUUUUUCAUCUUGGUGAUCUCUGUAAUGACAAAAAACCAACAAGAGGGAUCUUUGAAUGAGGAAAAAGCGUUACUGUCAGGCAUCCAACGUGCUGUUAAAUGCCUCGCAUUUUCUUUAGUAAUUUUACACAUGGUGUGUAGUUAUCUUGAGUGGCUCAGCGAGUCUGGCUUGGCACCUCCAAGCACCACUGAAUCACCUCACAUUUAAGAGCCAAGCUUGCGCAAUUCGGUGACAUAAAGCACCUUGACUGGAAUGCCAGUAUCCACAGUCACAAGGCUAAUUAGCGAUGUGCACACUGUGAAGCAACGUGUCAUCGAUGCACGCACUGAAUGAAUAAAGCUUUGAAACAGGCUGGGGUGGUGGUGUACUGCAGCUGUAGCUGCCACCCUUCUUCUAAAUCUACCCUAUGUAUGUGCAUGUGUUUGCAUGCAUAGCUGCAUCAGUUAGUGAGCCAUACAAUGAUUCUCCCAGUUUCAGCACUUUUCUGCUUCUCCCUCUCUCUGUCCAGUCCUCACCAUAGCCAGUCAGUAUUUUUAAAUGCUCUGAGCACAUACCGCCCCAUACAUUAGGCCCAGUAUAGGGGAACUGUACAUGCGGUAGCCUAAAGAUGUCCAUUGGUCUGGCCUGUUCACCUUGGGGCCUUGGCCUUUAGUACUCCAUAUACUGCCUCCUGCGUGGGCUGUAAAUCAACAGUAUAAACCAGACUUCACACAACCUCACGCAUUGGUAGCCUGACUCUCCAGAGCAGAGCUGAUAUUAGCCUGCCUGACAGCUCAACAGAAAGAGAUUCUAAACAGUUUACCAAAGGUGGAGGCUAAGUAUGUUUCCAUGCUAGUUGUUCAUAAGCACCUGCAAUUGGCCACCUCGAAUAAUACCCAUGAAAACAUUUUGAUUGGUCUAUUUUUCUUUCAAGCAGUAAGUGCAUUUUUACCGCUGAGGUACUGUUAAUUUCAGUUUCUAGACCAACCAAACUCUUCGAUUAAGGUGCACUCCAUCUGUACUGUUAAGACACUGAAAGGGGGCUGCUGACAAUUUAAAGGAGGGAAAGACAAGGCUAGGAAACUUUAAAUACAAUGUUUGGGUUUCUUCAAGGCCUCUCUCCACUAAUUGGAGUCAUUGAAGUCAUUGAACUGGACAUCUCAACCGUGUUUUUGCUGCUAGUACCUUUUAGAGCAUUAUUACUGGAAUUAUCUGACAAAUAACCCGGCUUUAUCAGCGCUACAGGCAGGAUUCUGCUUCACAUUUGAUGACUGAAAAUGUUGUACUUCAUUAGGCUGUUAGCAGUAAUGAGCAGGUAGGGCUGCUCGACUAUGGCAAAAAUGAUAAUCACGAUUAUUUUCACUGAAAUUGAGAUCUCGAUUAUUUGACAAUAUUUAUUUAACAAU